AUGGCUGAUUGGAACGAUAUGCAAUACACAUCAAAAAAGAACCCGGCUUGUCCUCGUUGUCAUCGUCAUGAUAAUAUUGAAAAUGCCGAUGAGCGUCUUGAUCUUCUUGAUCAUGAGGCUGCUCUUGCUCAUCAUUCUGGUGCUGAUCAUGCUGCUCUUUAUUUUCGGCGUGAUCAUCAGGCUAUUGACCAUCAUCUUCUUGCUGGUGCUCAUCAUGGUCAUCUUGGCCGCAACACACGUUUUUGUUUUUUUAAAGUCCCUGGUUAUCAUACCGUGUACGUGUGCAACUAUCAACAUUAG